AUGUCCUUGCGCUUUCAUGGCGUUCGCGUCAUCCGUCUGCAAUUGCAUCAUGAACAAAUCGCCCAGCGAUGGGGAGUUUGGAGAUAUGAAGUUGUUGCCAUUGUCAGGAGUUGUGGUGGGGCCUGGGCACCGACGACAUUCAGCGUGGCGAGUCAGGCACCAUACCCGUUCAGUAACACACAGAACACGAACCAGGAGCCAGGCAAUGCCGAGCCCCCCUACAUACUUGACAACGGCAACAACUUCACGGAGAACAACUUCAUAUCUCCAAGCUCCCCAUCGCUGUCAAGCACGAUAGACCACCUAAGCGAUCUAUCCAUGAUGCAAUUGCAGACGGACUACGCGAACGCUGUGAAAGCGCAAGGACAUGAGGCGGGACCAUCCGCGUAGAAUGUCAAGUUGUUCUCUAAUGAUUAUUUGUUCAUUUCACGCACAUACUUGCUUCAAGACAUCAGAAACGAGAUGCGUCAGUAUUCUGAGGCACCCUAUAGACGUCUAGCAUUAUAGCAGCAAGUCCCUCAAUAUAGCGAUGUCCGGGGUCGUUUUCUGCUGGACAUUGGUGUGGUUUGAAUUGUGCGGG